AUGGCGACAAGUGAAUCGAAUUCGAACGUGCCGUCUGAGAGAUUUGCGCCUCAUCUGUCGGAAUUCUACUCUUUGGUUAACAACUCCAAUCAAAAAGCUCAGCAUGUGAAACUGAACACACAAUUAGCACCACCGCCACCAGUAAGUAGACUGGAGUCACCGGUGAGAUCAACUACAGACUCAAGCGUCUUCAGAAUUAGGCGGCCUUCGUCGUUGAGAUCUGGUUUCAGUUCGAUGACGGAUUUACAAAAUUUAGUCACCAGGAAGGACAUGUCACAAACGGUAGAUACCAUGCAACAAUUGCUCAAGAAUGCCGAAAACUACGCAGAGGAGCUCUCCAGCACUUCCCAAAAAGCCAGCUUACUUGCGUUGUCAUUAGAACAAAUGGCGCGCCUGAAAGGUUGCAAUGACGAGACAGCGGACAGGUUUUUGAGUUCAAGCGGAUUGUUUCACCUUAUUGCGAACCAUCAGCGCAUUAUGUCAGAUUGCAUCAAUUCAUCGUUGGUGGAAACGCUGUCGGGGCGGAUUGAUGAGUUUCAGUACAAACACAGGAUCCACGAAUCUCAGUUUAAGAAGGAAUUCCACGAUGAGGCCAAGAAGCUCAAGCUACAGGAAAAAUAUAACGCACAAUUUUCUAAGCGCAAGAUUAGAAACUUACUGUCCUACCGUGAGAAUCUGGCGAAUUUGCAAUUACAGUUGGAUGAACUGGAAUCGCUCAAACACCGAUACUAUCAAGAUUCAUACGAAAUGGUGGAAAACUGCUGCUUUGAGGUUCUAAAGGACACGGCAACCGUGUCGCGGGCGCAAGUCGAAAUAAGUGAAAACAUCGCACGAAAAGGCUGGUCGGGAGGAGGUUUGGAUGAACUUUUACUGAAGGCGGACGAUCCGUUCAACAAGGGAUCGUCAGAUGAUAUGGAUGAAGAUAAUGCUAGCGACAGUGGCAUUUUCAACUCUUCAGGUAGUCCGUUUGUAAGUCGAAAUGGAACCCCGCGUACUGGGAGACUAAGACCAAGUCCAAGCCGUCACCAAACGGAUCAAAACUCUACUGCGAGUAAGCACUGCACAAACGAAGCCUCCCAUGAUGACACUUAUGACAACUCAUUUUCUCUCCCUAUCCCCCAAUCGCGAACUUCUUUUGGUGCAAAGGAUGAGGACACAGACACAGAGGCUCCAGAGAAUGGCGCCAAGGACGACGAAGAAAGCCAAUCGACGCAUGCCGGUGAAAGUGACAGAAUUUUAGAGGGUCUUCGUGACCUGGAGUUAGACAACGCUAGCACCUCUAGCGUAGUAAAAGAGGAUGAUAGAUAG